AUGGGAAUAAUGUCGAGGAACGCUCGCUUGCCUGAACGACCAAAACCCCCAUCUUGGCAGGAAAUCAGUGAAGAUGUCAGUUCAGCUCAGCAAGACAACGAAGACGUGGCUUUUGUUGUGGGAUGCGAAUACUUGAGGACAACUACUGCAGCAGCCUCAUGCCCUCCAGUCUUAGAGAGGUCACCAAACAACAGCCUCCACAGCCCCGAAGUUGAUAGUCUGGACCAGGGCUCACCCUCCAUCGAUGCAGAUGCAGUGAAGACUUCAAAAUCCAAUGUCCACAAACUAAUCAGUCUGUACACGGAACUCAACGACUCACUCGGCAGCCUUCAAAAACAGUACACACACCUGAAGCUGGUCCAGGGGGAGUUGUCUCAGUCCAUGUCAGAACUGAAUGUGUUGGCACAGAGCGUUUCCUCAGAUGUAGAGAAUCAAUCAGGCGGUUCUGUUAGCGGGAAAACUUCCAGCAAGGCAAAAUCAAAACAGAAGAAGAAAAAAUGA